AUGACGUUGGUGAGAGUGAGUGGUCACAUAGACAUGAUGCUGGUGAGAGUUAGUGGUCACAUAGACAUGAUGCUGGUGAGAGUGAGUGGUCACAUAGACAUGAUGUUGGUGAGAGUGAGUGGUCACAUAGACAUGACGUUGGUGAGAGUGAGUGGUCACAUAGACAUGACGUUGGUGAGAGUUAGUGGUCACAUAGACAUGACGUUGGUGAGAGUGAGUGGUCACAUAGACAUGAUGCUGGUGAGAGUUAGUGGUCACAUAGACAUGACGUUGGUGAGAGUUAGUGGUCACAUAGACAUGACGUUGGUGAGAGUAAGUGGUCACAUAGACAUGACGUUGGUGAGAAUGAGUGGUCACAUAGACAUGAUGCUAGUGAGAGUUAGUGGUCACAUAGACAUGACGCUGGUGAGAGUUAGUGAUCACAUAGACAUGAUGCUGGUGAGAGUGAGUGGUCACAUAGACAUGAUGUUGGUGAGAGUUAAUGGUCACAUAGACAUGACGCUGGUGAGAGUGAGUGGUCACAUAGACAUGACGUUGGUGAGAGUUAAUGGUCACAUAGACAUAACGUUGGUAAGAGUGAGUGGUCACAUAGACACAUGA